AUGUUCGGCCUGCGGUUCCAGAUGCGCUCACAAGAUCCGGAUGAACGCAUCUUUCGCUGGGUGGAAAUGGAUCGGCCGUUGAGGAAGCAGCUCGAAAAAUGGGGUUGCAAACCACGUCAAGUGCAGCUGGCAGUACUCUACCAUACGCCCAACCCAUUCAUUCUCACCGACCCGAUGGCUAGAUCGUACUACUUUCUGCUAAUGAAACUCGAUGUCGUUGAGGGCCGACUGACAAUGGAUAUGGAGAAUUAUAUCGGUCUGGCCGCCCAUAGUUUACAAGCGGAAUACGGUGACUACGAGAAGGAAUCGAUGACGAUCGACUAUAUGCAGACGAUUCCGCUAUUGCCGAAGCUGUACGAAACGCUGCGCGGGAUGUCCUGCGACAAGGCCGCGAUUUUGUACAUCGUCGGGGUGAUCCAUUGCGAAGGAUAUGGAGAGGAAUACUUCAAAGCUAAGGAUGAAGAUAGUUCCGAAGUGAAACUAGGCUAUUCCCCAAAAGGGAUCGUGGUUAAAGUCUACGGAGCCCCGGUGAAAUACGAAUGGGAAAAAGUGAAGGGAUUCGCCGCCCACAAACGCCAUCUACAAAUCAAAACCCGCGACCUGGUGGUGGAGUACAGCUUGGAAGACGCCGAGUGGGCCCGGUAUGUGUGUAUGGUAUUGGAAUGGCAGCUACAUUACGCAACGCAUAAGGCACCUGAGGAAAGGGAUGUCGAGAAUGAUAUCACCGAUUUGCAGCCAAAAAGCUCCCACCUCAACGCCUCACAAGUCGAUUUGCUGCAUGGUAACCCGCCGUGCCUCCAGCUCGAUAAACAUCCACUCGACUCAUUCCUUCACAAACCCUCCUCUACCUCACUCACCAAUGUACAUUCCGUCAAUCAUCACGAUAAAAACCGUCCGAUCCUGUCAUCGGUCAGCUUCCGAGAUCCGGUGACAGUUUCCGUAACACCCGAGCGGCCCCGCGCCGCCACGGCCGCUAUUUUGCCCUCCCCGCUUUCUUCUACGUAUUCGAACAACACCGGCUCCCAAAGUCAGCUGAUGCAAAUGGCACCCCUUGGUAUCCCGUCGAGCAUACAGGAAAUACCACAGGAUGCGUUCCCCACGUGGCACCGAAAUAUCAUCGAGGACCGGAAUGCGGCUUAUAAGGCGUACCUGCCAAACGCCGUCGAAAUCGAGCCGCUGAAGCCGUUCGUGAGCGCGGUCCGGGCGAAGGACGGUGUCCAGAGGAAGAUCCUUGGCUCUACGCCAGAAAUGCGGCAGCUCGGCACGAGAAUGGAGGGCAACCACGAGCAGCUCCUCAAAUUUAUGAUAGCCCAGGACCCGCCCCGCCCCUCGUUCCAAUCGACCCCAAAUCUGAUGGAUGUCCGAUUACAGCCCGGGAUGGGAACGUUUAUGGGAAUGUGGAUCCCUCCUGAACCUGCUCAAAUCGCCCCGCAAACUCGACAAUCCGGGAGCAGGCCUCGUCUGGCGACGGCCACUCGCGUACUCCCCCACCAAGACAGCAGCGAAACGCAGGCGACGAUUGAAUCCAACGCCUCCUCCCAGAUGCGGUUGUACGAAGAGGCAUCCCAACCGGCGCUGCUCAUCGAAAAGAAGCUGCUCGGCCCGAUGGAUGCGUUGAGCCGGGAAUUUCUAUUAAUCCCCAACAAGCGAAUCACGGCCGGUACGGCGACCAGCAGCAAACCUGAGAACCUGGUGUGUUCCUUCUUGCUGCCC